CUACCCAGGAAAACAAAAAAGAGACUAUGUUUGUAUGCGGCUUUAUUAACUCAAUGAUAUAUAUUUUUGGGCUAAAAAUGUGAGACUCAAAACAGGUGCACCUGCCCUGAAUGACUGCGGUACUUAUGGACCUGAGAGAGACCACCACAUUUGUUGUGCAAAAGCUGAGCUGCGAUUUUGAGACAAUGUAGCUUGCAGUGUGUGGCUGGUUGUUUGCUGCGAAGUUCCCCGUCCUUACAAUGAAAUGAAUCUCUAAUUAGUAGGCAGGACUCCCCCUCCAGGUUUCGUUUCUGGUAACUCAGCUGACGCUCCAGAGGCUUGUACUACUUUGCUUGCUGCCACUGCUCCAUCACAACUUUCUAGGAGACAGCCUACUGGCAGUUUGUUGCAAGUUCGAGGAGUCAACCUACUCAACCUACUUACAAUGAAAAUGUAUGGCAUAGACCGACUUUUCAUACAUCUUCAUUGUCUGUGGAUUGUCGGCUAUGUUGCCUCCUCCCCCCUGCAUUCCAUUCCUGUCUCCAUCUCUUGCAAUGUGGGAAGCCAAGCCAUCCUUCCCUGCAAGUGGAAGCCCCAGCUAGACAAAAUCCCAGUUUGCCAUGUCCAGUGGCAGACACCUGAUGAGACAGUGUUUGAACAGAUGGGGACGCAACGGUGGCAGGCAACCGAGUUUGAGGGGCGGGUGGAGGUACCUGAGGAAAAGCUGUGGGAGGGAGACUGCUCUCUGAUCUUGCAUGACGUGCAGUUUGGGGAUGUGGGGCUUUACGAGAGCUUCAUGGUGGUUGACAGGGCACGUAAUAAGAGACGGGUGUUCAUCCAGAGUGUCCAGCUCUCAGUCCAUGACCACACGUCCGAGGAGUCCUUGAGGGUGGGUGAAACCCUGGACCUGAAGCUCCACACUCCCCAGGCCAAGAAAGUGGUCUUCCAGGGGAGGAACAGCACAGAGAUGACGGUCCUGUGGAUGAGGGGUGAAGAGGAGGUCAACAGUGGUCGUCUUAAGGAGGUCGAAGGGUUUGUGGUCCUCAAAGGGUUGAAGAUAGACGACUGUGGGACAUAUACCGUGUUGGAUUCCCACGGGCUGCUGGUUAGCACGGUUCAUCUUACAGUGGAAGCAUAUCAGGUUGAUGAAACUCAAAAAUUCCAUGAGAUCCAGGGCAAACAAAAACCUAUCGGUAAAUCAACAUAUAACAGGUCCUCCUCUCUGCGUAUGUUAUUUGUCCUGCUGUUCAGUCCCCUGAUUCAACAUCUCCUCUAGCAACGAUCCGCCAUGUAAGCAAGGUUUAAACCUAUUUGGAUGGUUUCCCAGACCGUCUGCAAUAAAAAAAAAUGUACACCCAAAGCCAAAUCACAAAUCAGAGUGCUUAGGGUGCUUUCCCCUGUGAAAACAGUGAAAUUCAAGAAAAGAUAAAUAAAUAAUGCAAAAAAGAUGUUGGUUGUUGUCUGGCCAACGUGUUCCAGGGAAUCUAAUAAAAUUAUAAUAAAAUAAAGAUUGAGCCAGUUUCCAGGACCAGAUGAACCCUAUUCCUAAUGGACUAAAUAGUGAGCUCAAUAGAGAAUAUCCAUUGAAACUGCUUUCUAGGCCAGGACUAGGCUUAAUCUGUGUCAAGAAAAUAAAAUCCCAUUAUUCAGUGUGAUGCCACUCCCUGCUACUGUCAGUAGUGUAGGUCUAUAGCUUACUGGCCAUAUAUUAUACAGUUUGGGUCAUUCCAAUUCUGUAACAAAUUAGACUGUCCUGUCAAUUGUCAGUCUCUAUAUUUAAAUACUAAUUUUAAUUUCUGGAAGUUAAGUAGACUUAGUUUUGUUUGUUAAAUUUUACAUCAUUAAUUGCAGACCUGCCAACCCUGUCCAGCUUUUUAGAGUACCAGACGCGAACGGCAAAUUGGAGAUUCAAGGGUUUGCUUUCCUCGUGCACGCACCGUUUGUGUGUCUGAUAGCAAUUAUAGAAUUGUACUAAGUCUUUAUUAAGCUGGAAUACUUCUUGACAGCAUGCCAUUUACAUAUAUGGUAAAAGACACUAACAAGAUCUAAUUAGAAAGAACGCACAAAGGACCUUUAUUCUUUGAGUUUUUUUUCAUUUUUACAUUCUAUAAAACAAAUAAGUUGUUUUAGGGAGAACAUGUACAAACGUCUUAUCCACGAUUAAACUCGAAUGAUAAGAACAAAUGUUUGAAGCAGAGCAUCAGUCUCAAACAUGUUAACCAUAAUAAAAACGACAAAGCUAUGAUAGGAAACAGUGGAUGAGAACAAAUAUUUUGGCGAUUAAAAUAAUUUCCUAGACAGAUUUGCCUGGUAGCUAGCAGAUUUAGCCUUACGCAUCAGGGUAGACUUCUCGUGGCAAACAGUUCCUCUGGCAGUGACUGAAACCUUCUUGACAACGAGGGCACUCGGAAUGUCUGUACCGAGGGAGCUUUUUGUGACGUGGAUCAUAAUUAGUUAGUCUAUCAGAUAGUCAGAUAGUGAUCCUCGUAAUGUUACGUGGAAAAUAUAACUAAUGGGACGCAGAAUGAAAUGUAUAUCACACUCGCACAAAUGUGGCCGGUUGUUUUUCGUAUUUGCAUUUCAUUUCUUUCACUAGCAAAUGCGAGUGAACUGCUGGUACUUUAGAGCCCACUGAAUGUCUAUCUUAUGUUCGCUAACAUUAGUUUGAAACAAUGAGUGAUUCCACAACACACGGAGUCGAAAAGGGAUUUGUCAAUGUGUUCACGUACAGCUGACAGCCGGCAAAAUCAGCAUCACAACAAACAGGAGUGGCAGACACGGGAUAUCUACCUCGAAUGUAUUCAUCUCCAUGCCCGUUGACACAAACGCCGUACAUGUCUGUGUUGCAGCUCGACAAUCGGGAUGUUAGAUUUACUCAGUGGAUGUAUGUAAAAAAAAUAAACCAGGCCCUAUUCAUUUCUGCCAACUUUUAUCUCUGAUCUCGUCCGCGCGUACAUGGACAGAAAAUUGCGUAGUUGGUACGCAAAAUGCGGGCAUGUUUGCAAGUCUGUUAUUGAUAUGAAAACCUGAGCUCAUGUUUAGUUUGGAAGUUCAGAGAUUUUGAUUAUUACGCACUACUCAUAAUACUAAUAUAUUAUACAAUUGAAUUAAAAUGUGAUUGUUGUUCAAUUUUAUUACAACAAUGUAGUCUUUAAUGUAUAUUAAAUAAACCACUGAAUGAUU